UUGGUUAGUCAAUAGAGAUGAGGAGAGACACUUCUCUCUCUUUCUUCCUUUUUUUCCUGAAGACUGAUGAGUGGUGAUGAUGUGAAGCACUUUGCUUAGAUAUCUUAUCAUCAUAUUGAGAUGGGGGGGAGAGAGAGAGAGAGAGAGAAGAACAGUUUCUUCUCUGAUGAGUGAGUGAUAAUAAUAAUAAUAAUAAGAGAUUUACUGCCCACGGAGGGAGCUCUGUCUCUCUGUCGGAAUAGCUUCUUCACUUCAGAUCUGCUCAUUUUCAUAAAGUUGUUCUCUAAUCAUCGCUUCUUAAUAUUAUUAUUAUUUUAUAUAUGAUGGUGAUGAUGACUAUAUUCCUUAUCUGAUUAAUUAAUAUCGUAUUUCUUGAAUUUCAUUUUUUUUUUCUCUUUCAGAUCUAUCCAAAUGUUCUACUUGUAGUACCAUAAAGGUCAAGUCUUUAGAUCUACUCUCUCUGUGUUGUUAGAUCUAGUUUUUGUUCAAAAAUGUGAAGUUGUUCUACUUAAUAAGUAUGUUGGAAGGGUAGUGUUACCAUCAAAUAAUGUGUUUGUGUCAAUGUAUGAUGAAUUACUUCCCUGAGGAAGUGUUGGAGCAUGUCUUCAAUUUCUUGACUUCCCACAGGGACCGAAAUGCGGUCUCUUUGGUCUGUAAUUCCUGGUAUAGAGUUGAGAGGUUCAGUAGAGAGAAGGUUUUUGUAGGGAAUUGUUACGCGGUAAGCCCCGAGAGAGUGAUUGCUAGGUUUCCGAGGCUUAGGUCGCUUACCUUGAAAGGGAAGCCCCAUUUUGCGGAUUUCAAUUUGGUCCCUCAUGAUUGGGGAGGUUAUGUUGACCCUUGGAUUGAGGCGAUGGCCGCGAGUGGUGUGAACUUGGAGGAGCUUCGUUUGAAGAGGAUGGUGGUUUCGGAUGAGAGCCUUGAGCUACUCUCGCGAUCCUUUCCUAAUUUUAAGUCUUUGAUAUUGGUUAGCUGUGAAGGUUUCUCCACUGAUGGUCUUGCUGCUAUUGCUUCCAAUUGCAGGUUUUUAAGGGAGUUGGAUUUGCAGGAAAAUGAAGUCGAAGAUCGUAGAGGGCAGUGGCUUAGUUGUUUUUCAGAGAGCUGCACUACUCUUGUCUCUUUGAAUUUUGCCUGCCUCAAAGGAGAAGUUAACUUGGCAGCUCUUGAGAGGCUAGUGGCUAGAUGUCCAAACCUAAGAAGUCUGAGAUUAAAUCAUACUGUGCCUCUUGAUGCUCUUCAAAGGAUUUUAGUUAAAGCUCCUCACUUAGUGGACUUGGGGACAGGGACUUUUGUCAGUGAUCCAGUUUCUGAGACUUACAACAAACUAAAGAAUGCUCUGCAGAGGUGUACUUCUAUUAGGAGCUUGUCGGGGUUCUUGGAGGUUGCUCCUCGCUGCCUGCCUGCUAUUUAUCCAAUUUGCCUGAAUUUGUCGUCUCUGAACUUGAGCUACGCACCUGGAAUCUACAGUGCUGAACUUAUAAAGCUGAUUCGUUUCUGUGGAAAAUUAGAGCGCCUAUGGAUUUUGGAUACUAUUGGAGAUAAAGGGCUAGGUGUUGUGGCUUCUACUUGUAAAGAAUUGCAGGAAUUAAGGGUCUUCCCAUCUGACCUUCAUGGAUUUGGCCAUGCUGCUGUAACUGAAGAGGGCUUGGUUGCAAUAUCAGCCGGUUGUCCAAAACUCAACUCAUUAUUGUAUUUCUGCCAGCAGAUGACUAAUGCUGCACUUAUAACCGUUGCCAAAAAUUGCCCAAACUUUAUUCGUUUUAGAUUGUGCACUCUUAACCCAACUGUGCCAGACGCAGUUACCAUGCAGCCACUAGACGAAGGUUUUGGGGCAAUUGUACAGUCGUGCAAAGGCCUCAAGCGGCUGUCAGUCUCUGGUCUUCUAACUGAUCAGGUUUUCCUUUACAUAGGAAUGUAUGCUGAGCAGCUUGAGAUGCUCUCCAUAGCCUUUGCUGGAGAUAGUGACAAGGGGAUGCUAUAUGUGUUGAACGGGUGCAAGAAAAUGAAAAAGCUUGAGAUCAGGGAUAGCCCUUUUGGUAAUGUGGCACUUCUGGCGGACGUGGGGAAGUAUGAGACAAUGCGAUCCCUUUGGAUGUCGUCCUGCCAAGUGACCCUUGGAGCAUGCAAGGCUGUUGCUCAGAAGAUGCCGAGGCUCAAUGUGGAGAUCAUCAGUGAGAGCGACCAGACAGACACUUGCUCUGAUGAUAGGCAAAAGGUAGAGAAGAUGUACUUGUAUCGAACAUUGGUUGGUCCCAGGAAGGAUGCACCAGAUUUCGUCCGGACGUUGUAGAGGACAUGUGUGCAUUUGCUUCCCUCUGCCUCUUGUAACUUUAAUUUGUUCAAAUGAACUGUUAUGUAUUCUUAGUUCAACUAUCAACUUAUUGGAAUGGAGACCAUUCACUUUUCUGAA